UAAUUCAGAAACUUCGAUCGUCGUCAAACCAAAACGAGAUCUGUUUCUUCGGUUCCUUCUCUACUACGAUUACUCCCACCAUAUUUCUCUCUAAACCCACCUUCGGAUUUCUCAAAUUCUCUUUCCCAAUCGUCCUCAACUUCGAUGGGUAUAUCAUUUAGCAGCAAUAGAAGAAGAAACAACGACUAUUACCAUCAAAAUCCACCUUCCCAGCUCAUCUCUUCAUCCUCUUACCCUUCUGUUGACCCUUCUUAUUCUACACCACCAUACAUUUACUCUGCUCCGCCACAGCCACCGCCACCGCAACCGCAUCCGCAACCGCGACCGCCAUCGGGACUUCCACUGCCUACGCCUCCGGUGUACCAACCGUACGAUGGCAGUAAUUACUCCAACAACGCGUUGAUUGUUAGGCCCAAUUUUGGGCCUUAUAAUCAUCUGCAAGGUAAUUACAAUUAUGGGUGGGUGCCACCUAUGCGGCCACCUCCAAUGGUUGCGGUUCCCCCACAUGUGUCUCCGCCAACGUAUGUCGACCAUCAGCAGGCAAAGAAAGUUAAGAAUCAUGUUAACGUGCAUAAAGAUACGUUGACGGUUGUGGUUGAUGAGGAGAAUCCUGAUUGUCAUUUGGUUUCCUUCGUCUUUGAUGCGAUGUUUAAUGGGAGCAUAACCAUCUAUUACUUUGCCAAGGAAGAGUCUGAUUGUAAGUUUGCUCCAGUAUAUGCUGAAGCAUUUGUACCAGUUAAAGUCCCUUUUCAGAAAGGACUUGGUCAAAAAUUUCGUCAGCCAUCGGGAACAGGCAUUGACUUGGGAUUCUUCGAGUUGGAUGCUCUUUCGAAACCAUCAUCAGGGGAAGAUGUGUUUCCCCUUGUGAUAUGUGCAGAGACAACAUUGCCUUUGUUCCCAACUGAUGAACAUCUUUAUGAUCUAUUACCAAGUAUCGCUACUGGCCCUCACAUGCAGAUUACACAAGCUGUUUUGGAGAAGAACAACGGUGAUCCUUUUAAAGUGAGAGUGAUGAGGCAGAUAUUGUGGAUUGAUGGAGUUCGCUACGAGCUACGUGAGAUAUAUGGAAUUGGACACUCUGCCGAAAGCUUUAAUGAUACCUCUUCUGGAACUGAAUGUGUUAUUUGCAUGACAGAACCUAAGGAUACAGCCGUACUUCCAUGCCGGCAUAUGUGUCUAUGCAGUGAGUGUGCCAAAGCAUUGCGACUUCAAUCAAACAAGUGCCCUAUCUGUCGUCAACCCAUUGAGGAGCUGAUGGAGAUCAAGAUUAAUACAGUUGAUCGAUCUGGGAUUUACCCCUUCUCAUCUGCAAGCUUGGAAUGUAAGCCACGCUUAUCUGGAGUUUACACUUGAGUCCCCCGAUUCUUGUUAUUAGCACUUGGACCCCUAGAUUCACAUGAUUGGGAAAUAAAGGGAAUAUCUAGGGAACAGGUUUCAUGCUGAAUACCUUUGGGGAUUUGUGUAAUCAGUUCGAUUCCCACCAGAUACAAUCAUAGGUGUUUGG